ACGCUGCAGAGGAAUUCCUUGGAAAUUGACAGGAGCCUGUAAUGGCCAAACUGGAAGGGAGCAAACAAUGGUAUCCUGCAAUCUGCAGACGACACAUUCAAACAAACUUAUUUUCAUUCUACGUGUGCUGUAGAUCAUCUUCUUUUAAGAAAACAAAGUGGCACAGUUUUUGGCACACAGUAAGAUCCUCCUAUGUCUAUGCACGCAUGCUUAGAGCAGCAAAGGUUUCUCCACCCUUUUUCAUAUUUACGGGCAAAUUGCGCUUGAUGAAGGAUCGAUACCCGUAUUCGCAGUCAGGUGUCCCUACUCAAAGACAAUAACAACAAUUUGGCGAAAUGUAACCGUUUGAAUGAUGAUCCUUUAGGACAGCCUGACCUGAACGACAGUUUUUUGAAAACGCAGUAUAUAUUUUUUUCUUGGUGGAGAUGCUAAAUAUGCUAAAAAGGAAGUGAUCUCAGGCGUUAAAUAAUUUCCUGCUCUUAAGGGGAAAGCGAUUGUAGACUUAACUGCAAAACAGCUGUAUUAGUUAUGUUAUCAGUUCAGUGAUCCAAACUUGUGGGAAAGAUAAGUGUUGGAAAUGUUUUUUUGCGUAUGAGUGCCAAGCCACCUGGCUAGCUCCUGUGUUAUGGAUAGUGCCAUAACCUUGUGGCAGUUCCUGCUACAGCUGCUCCAGGAACCUCAGAACAAGCACCUGAUUCAGUGGACUUCAAAUGAUGGUGAAUUCAAGCUCCUGCAAGCAGAAGAGGUAGCCAGGCUGUGGGGAAUCCGGAAGAACAAACCCAGUAUGAACUACGAUAAGCUGAGCAGGGCACUGAGAUACUACUAUGUAAAGAAUAUUCUGAAAAAAGUUAAUGGGCAGAAGUUUGUAUACAAGUUUGUCACCUACCCCCAAAUCUUGGACCCGAGUGUCAGCAGUAUUCUUGAGUCCAGCUCCGAAUCUGGUGCUCUUCGGGAUAAAGAAAAUCAAGUAAAAGAGAAGCCGCUGCCGCCACAGUCUGCAUCUCGGUCAUCUAGUCGGAAUGACUACAUUCACUCAGGGCUCUAUUCCUCGUUUACACUCAACUCAUUGAACUCUUCUAAUGUGCAACUUUUCAAGUCUAUUAGAAUUGAAAAUCCAGCAGAAAAGAUGAUGGAGAAAAAGGCCACUCAUGAGUCUACAGCCUCUGUCAUCAGAUUUGGCACCAUUUUGCCUAGAAAUGCACCCUCCGCUCCCCUGCACCUCCAUCUCCUGUGGAAGAGAUCAUCUCUUCCACAGAAGAAUCGUCAUCUGUUGCCAGACUUGACUGCGUCAGUCAGCAGUAGUCACCCAGGAUCUUCCAUUUCACCACCAUUGCUCAUUCCUUCACGCUCACCAUCUCCACCAUUAAGCUGUGAUGUGGAGACUUCUGAAAACAUUAAUGCCUGCACAGAAGAUAUCCCCAUUCCUCCAGGACAUUUGGAAGUAUCUCAUGAGCUUUCCACAGAGAUCAAGGACGAGUUUUCUGUAGAAGAGAAUGUCAGCCCAAGUCAGUCUGUAAAAUCAAAAAAACCAAAGGGUCUUGAACUUCUGCCUACAUUGCUUGUCACUAGUCUUGAUAGCCCACUUGGACUUUUAAGCCCUUCUCUUACACCAUCAUUCACCCAAGGACUUUUUUCACAGACACCUAUCUUGUUGACUCCGCCUCUCCUGCCAAAUGUCCACUUUUGGAGUACACUUAGUCCUGUGGCACCCCAUAGUCCUGCCAGGUUACAUGGUGCAUCCACCCUCUUUCAGUUUCCAUCUGUGCUAAAUAGCAUGCACUUCACAGUUCCGAGUUCCGACUGCCCUUCCACGCCAGGACCUCUGUCGCCAGAUCCUCAGAAGACGUAGUGGAGUAAGAGAUCGCUACAGUUAUGAAAAAUAAAGAGGAGACUAGAUCAGUACUGACAACUAUCUUUACGUACAUUUUUGUAUUCUACAGCACUUGAUGUUUGAAGAGGAUUGUGCCACUGGCCUGUCCUGUACUGCUGCUCUUUGCCUGUCUGUUUUGAUAAGUUCUUGAAUCAUUGUGAAAUGCCUUAGCGAACUCACUGGUUGGCGAGUUGAUUUACUUCAGCAAACUGUACCAAACCUAGCUAUGAGUUGGGAGCCAUUGAUGUUUUGUUCUUAUUGUCAACAAUGCAGUAUUCAUUGCACUUGGAUACAAAGAAAAGAUGCAAGAGACAUUCGUGCUUUUUAUUUUUUUUAAAUACUCAUUUUUUCUUCUAAUCCUGUAUGUAGAUCCUGACAGAAUGUUACUAUAGCAUUUUAAGAGAUACAGCUAAGCAAUAUUUUUAUAAAGCAGUAAACGAUUA